AUGGCCACCGACUACGACUUCUCCGACGAGUUCACCACAGCUCAAUACCUAUCCCCCGGACGAGGCCCCAUCCUCAUCGAACACAACCCCCCACCCCCACCAAAUCAGCCCCUCCUGCAAAGAAUACUCCACCAAGCAACACCCCAGCUGUCUACAGACACCAUGACCAUCUUCGUUGUCCUCGUCCUCACCUCGCCCGAAAACACUUCUUUCAACAUCAACCAAGUCGAGUACAAAAUGCCGUCCUAUUACCAACACAUACUACAACAACUCCCCUCACUCAUUGCAACCAUUCUGCUCGCUUUGAUCUUCCGGAAAAUCUUCUACAAGUAUCUCAACACUGCCAGGAAGCGCAAGCACGCACUCAGAGUCGUUAAUAUCAACAUUGGUAUCAUCUUUCUCCUGUAUGUUGUCGGUAGGAAUGCAGUGAUGGUGGCGGAGAUGCAGGAUCAGCUCAAGAUGGAGGGUAUAUUGGGGAGGUGCAUGUAG